CGCUCAAAGACGAAGAUGUCUCUCUUAAGAGGAAUUCUGAUCACCUUACAAUACGGUGUGUUGUUACUGGUUUCGGCGAUCGGGGGACUGAUCAACCUUGUUCGGCUGGUUUUCCCGGCCGGCAAGAAGUCGGUCUCGGGCGAGAUCGUGCUGAUCACCGGGGCGGGCAGCGGGCUCGGCCGCGGCAUGGCGCUCAGCUUCGCCCGCCUGGGGGCCACCAUCGUCGCCUGGGACAUCAACAAGGAGGCGAACGAGGCGACUGUGCAGAUGAUCCGGCAGGAAGGAGGGAAGGCGUUCGGCUUUGUGUGCGACUGUAGCAAGAGGGAAGACAUCUACAGGGCCGCUCAGGAGGUGAAAGACAGCGUGGGUCACGUGACCAUCCUGGUGAACAACGCUGGGAUCGUGUCGGGACGGAAGUUUCUGGACUGCCCUGAUGACCUCAUCCAGAAAACCAUGGACAUCAACACCAACGCACACUUCUGGACGACGAAGGCAUUCCUCCCGCACAUGUUGGAGCAGAAUCACGGGCACCUUGUCAGCAUCGCGUCAUCCGCUGGGCUGUUCGGAGUGGCUGGGCUGGCAGACUACUGUGCCAGCAAGUUCGGCGCCCUGGGGUUCGCCGAGGCCAUCAGGGCGGAGAUCAGGGUUCAAGGGAAGAGCGGUGUUCACGUGACCUGCGUCUGUCCGGUCUUCAUCAAUACCGGCAUGUUCACUGGCGUCCAACUCAAGAACACGGUCAUGUUGGACCCUGAUGAUGUGGUCAGGGAGAUUGUUGCGGCCGUACAGAGGAACCAGUUCAUGCUGGUUAUACCGCGCUCAGUUGCCGUUUUCGCCAACCUCAAGGGGCUGAUGCCACAGUGGCAGCUAGACUCUUCCCAGGAUGCAUCGGGCGUGCAUCACAGCAUGGACAGCUGGGUCGGUCGUCAUGGUAACAAGAAACAGCAGUGAUGGAGUAGCGAUUUUCAUUUUCAUUUUUUUUAAAUUUCUUCACUAGUUUAUGAAAUAUCGAUGCACGUUACAGGUCAAAUUGAUUUAUAGUAUUCCACCGGGUUUUUUUUUUGCUUUCAUUGUUAUCAUCGGUCGCAAUGGCAAUACGAAACAAGAGUGAUGGAGCAGCGAUAGUUAUUAUGUUUAAAGAAGGAAAACAUAUGGUUUUUGCUACGUUUCCUCUUCUUCUUCUUCUCUAAAUCAAAAAGGUCAAUGACCUGAACCAGACUAUCUGUUACCAUGGUAACUAGUGUUGAGUUACAUCAUUUUGCCAUUUUAUAUCAGGAGGGAUUUAGACUCGUGUAACCAUAUGUAUGAAGGUGUUUGAGUAGGAAUUUACAGGGUUAACCAUAUACGAAGGUAAACAUUGUGCAUUUGCUUUGAAAAUGUUACCUUUCUAGUUUCAUUUUGAUUUUUGAUUAUUUUUGUUUCUGAAAUAUCACGUUAUAGGUUAAAUAGAUAGUCACCGUAUUCCACUGUUUUCUGCUAUUAUUGUUAUAAUCGAUGUCAUAACCAUUGUGAGUUGUGCCUAUAUCAGGGUAGUCAUUGCAAUCUGGUAGAAUCGCCGAUACCUACCGGUUUCUUUAGAUUAUAUUCAAGUGUAAAGAACACAGACAAUACACCUUCUUGGAUAAUGU